AAUUUGCUACUGGACAGUAGUUAAACCUACCCAAACUUUAAAUUACGAGGAAGCGAUAAAGAUGUGCAACUCAAAAGAUUCAGCAUUGGCUCUCAUUCCCAACAGUCAGGUUUACAAUAUAAUAACAACUAUGAUACGAUCAAAGAUUCCGGCUCACGUUGAAAACGUUCGAAUCUGGACUAAGUUACAAAUAGAUCCUCUGACCGGCGACACAAUUCCCGCGAAUGCUUACACAAUGUGGCUUCCAAAUCGGCCUGCUACAAGCGAAGACAACGUAGAUAAAACACAUGUAUACCUUGUAAUCAACCGGGAUCCGACCUCUACAGGGCAGGGAAUGGCGAACAUGUCUCCACAAAAAGAGAUUCAUGGGGUCGCUUGUCAGUUGCAAGUAAAUGAAGCAAUAGAAGCAAGAUCUCUCACCACGCAAAAAAUUACGUCAUCAUUUGAAGGUUUGCAAUUGACUAACACAAUAGUAAUGGCUGGGAAUCAACACACUAUGCAUACAAGCAUAGAAAAGGUUGUAAUUUCAACGGAGAAACCGAUCUUGGACGAGUCUACUACCGGAAAAAGCGUGGAUUUCAGAGGUGGCCCAACGUGUGAAUAUCAGUUCGAGUCAAUUUGCUACUGGACAGAUGUUCACGACUUCAAAAUGAUCAAUUAUAGCCAAGCCCAGGAAAAAUGUCUUGAAAGAAAUUCCACAUUGGCUUCGAUUGCGAACGAUGAAGUGUACAAUAAUAUAAUAAACCUGCUACGAUCAAAGGUGACGUCAGGUCAAAACAUGUUCUUCUGGAUUGAAUUGCAAAUCGAACCUCUGACCAAUGUGACUACUCCUGCUAACGCUUACACCAGAUGGUUUCCGAAUUUAUCGUAUCUUGGAGGUAGACGUAUCGAUAGUACACAUGUCUAUCUGGCACUCAACCGGGAUCCAGUUUUCUCCAACCAAGGGAUGGUAAAUAACAAACCCGAAACUUUGAACAAUGGGAUGGUUUGUCAAUUUCAAAAAAAUUAAUAGGGAUGGCAACUCUACAAACAUAAACUGCAAAUAUUGAUGAGUAAUGAACUAUCUUUGUAAGAUUAUUUUUUUUAUCGCAAACUGCAAGAUGUUUUCAUGGCAGUCGCGAAAUGUCGAAAAUCUCAAUAUUCUGCUGUCCUGUAGCAUUUUAUGCAUUCAUUAAUUUCAGUAUAA